GGACCAUUUCAGUUCUCCGGCAAGUAUCACCAGUAACCAAUAAGCAAAAAGCUCUAGCUCACGUGGUGUAUAUUCAGCCUAUCAAGCUCCUGAUAUUCAUGAACGCUGUCAUUUCCGCUCCUGCCUCCUUCUUUCUCGACAAGAUGGCCACACCGGUGUUAUCAGCAAGUGCUCCUCCGGCCACGCCAGCCGCAGCCCCGGUGGCGGCACCAGCAUCAGCCUCAGUCUCAGUCCCAGCGCCAACGCCAGCACCGGCUGCGGCUCCGGUUCCCGCUGCGGCUCCAGCCGCAUCCUCAGACCCUACGGCAGCAGCAGCUACAACUGCCGCUCCUGGCCAGACCCCGGCCUCGGCGCAAGCUCCAGCGCAGACCCCAGCGCCCGCUCUGCCUGGUCCUGCUCUUCCAGGGCCCUUCCCCGGCGGCCGCGUGGUCAGGCUACACCCAGUCAUUUUGGCCUCCAUUGUGGACAGCUACGAGAGACGCAAUGAGGGUGCUGCCCGAGUUAUCGGGACCCUGUUGGGAACUGUCGACAAGCACUCAGUGGAGGUCACCAAUUGCUUUUCAGUGCCACACAAUGAGUCAGAAGAUGAAGUGGCUGUUGACAUGGAAUUUGCUAAGAACAUGUAUGAACUGCAUAAAAAGGUUUCUCCAAAUGAGCUCAUCCUGGGCUGGUACGCUACAGGCCAUGAUAUCACAGAGCACUCUGUGCUAAUCCAUGAGUACUACAGCCGAGAGGCCCCCAACCCUAUCCAUCUCACUGUGGACACAAGUCUCCAGAACGGCCGCAUGAGCAUCAAAGCCUAUGUCAGUACUUUAAUGGGUGUCCCUGGGAGGACCAUGGGAGUGAUGUUCACACCUCUGACAGUGAAAUACGCAUACUAUGACACUGAACGCAUCGGAGUUGACCUGAUCAUGAAGACCUGCUUUAGCCCCAACAGAGUGAUUGGACUCUCAAGUGACUUGCAGCAAGUAGGAGGGGCAUCAGCUCGCAUCCAGGAUGCCCUGAGCACAGUGUUGCAAUAUGCAGAGGAUGUACUGUCUGGAAAGGUGUCAGCUGACAAUACUGUGGGCCGCUUCCUGAUGAGCCUGGUUAACCAAGUACCCAAAAUAGUUCCCGAUGACUUCGAGACCAUGCUCAACAGCAACAUCAAUGACCUGCUGAUGGUGACCUACCUGGCCAACCUCACACAGUCACAGAUUGCCCUCAAUGAAAAACUUGUAAACCUGUGAAUGGACCCCAAGCAGUACGCCUGCUGGUAUAGGUCUUAAAGCCAGGACUCAGAAGUGAAGGAGAAAUGGGUUUUUUGUGGUCUUGAGUCACACUGAGACAGUCAACUGUGUGUGACUCUAAUAAACAUAGCCUACCUUUUGUGAAUUAA